GCGCAUGCGCUCGAGGGACGGCAUUAGCGUCAGAAUCAGGGACCGCAGCGUUUGCAGAUUUUUAAUGACAGAUCGAUGUAGAAGGGGAGAAAGCCUGGAUCUGAGUCGAGGGGUGAGAGAGGAUGAAAAUGAUUGGUGAUAAUGGGGGGAAAUAAGAACAUGAAUCCCGACUGGCAAUUUAAUUAGGCAGACUGUGCAAAACACAUACGUGCAACUGCAGGUGUGACUCGCAUCAAAUCGAUUCAGAAUUAUUGCAGCAUUUUUAUCUGGUUCAAGCCGAAAGAAAAAAAGAAAAUAUUUAUAUGGCUAAUUAUUAAAAUAGCCAACUGCUUGGAUGUGAGUGUGAGGCAUGAUGGGCUCCAAGCUGAAGCUGAACUGAUAUACUGGAUGCUGUUGUCGGUGUGAUUUGCAAAGGUUAUUUGUGUGGGCUGAGGAUUAGUAAUUUCUCCCAUCAUCAUCAUCAUCAUCCCUUUCCCGUGUCUCUGGAUGAUGGAGACUUUAAAUGGAACCAAUAACGAAAUCAAGCUUCAGAACCGCCAGCUUGUUGAGAAAAAGAGACUGAACCGAGCACCGUCACCUGCCAGACCAUUUAAUAAGGACUUGCUUUCCCGAUCGUCGGCCAAACCCCCGCCUGUUCCUCCUAAGUCUCCAAAUCUUUCAAGUAAACAGCAGCAGCAGUCGGCGGGGAGCUUGGCCACACAAAACCGUCUGUCCAGGCGCAGCGUCACAAGUGUAAAGGAGAAGCCACCACCUGCUAAAAGUACCACAAAGUCUGUAGCAACCAAAAAGGCAAAUAAGGUCAUCCAACACGGAACGACAGAAAAUAAAGUUUCCAAUAAUAGGCAGAGCGAUCCCAGUACUAAAGGGAAAAGAUGCAGUCUGGCAGAGUCCACUCAUGGGUCCCUUGGACAGUGUACGGGGGCCAGCGCCCAGCCAGGAUCCGGUCUGGGAAGAAACAGCCAUACGGAUAGCAGCUCUGAUUUAUCCGAUUGUCUUUCUGAACCCCUAUCCGAUGAGCAGAGGCAAGCCCAGGCGUCCAGCAGUGAUGCUGAGUCCGGCACCAGCUCCAGCGGUCGGGACGAAGCGGCAGGAGAGAAUCAGCCUUCCGGAGCUUCGACCACAGAAGCCCCUGGAGGCUGUCAGAAUCUACUCCGUAUAGUUGAAACGCCGACUAAUUUAACGUCUGUGGCCCCUGUAAAAGAAAGGGGAUUGUUGGCUGUACCAGUCCAAGGACAAUGCAGCGGCGACCAGAAAGAGCAUCUUUCGGGCAAAUGUGGUGUCAGUAAAGUGGACCUGAGAGUUAGCAAAUCAAAUACCCCCACAGACUAUAUAUUGGGGGGAAGCAGAGAGUUGAUAGAAGAAGAGUUACAAAGGGAAAUCGAGGACCUUCGCUCAGAAAACGACUAUCUGAAGGAUGAAGUAGACGAGCUGCGAGCCGAGAUGGAGGAGAUGCGGGACAGCUACCUGGAGGAGGAUGUUUACCAGUUGCAGGAACUCCGACGGGAGCUGGACCGUGCAAACAAGAACUGCCGGAUCCUGCAGUAUCGCCUCAGGAAAGCUGAGCAAAAGAGCUUGAAGGUGGCACAGACCGGCCUAGUGGACGGGGAGCUUGUCAGGAGUUUGGAGCAGGACUUGAAGGUAGCCAAAGACGUCUCUGUCAGGUUGCACCAUGAGCUGGAGAGUGUGGAGGAGAAGCGUACCAAAGCGGAGGAUGAAAAUGAGCUCCUCCGACAGAAGCUCAUCGAGGUGGAGAUAUCCAAACAGGCCCUGCACAACGAGCUCGACAGGGUGAAAGAGAGUUCCCUGAAGAGAAGAGGCAGUCGAGAAAUGUAUAAGGAAAAGAAGUCUUCAUCUCAGGAGGACAGUGCCGACAUCAAGUGUCAGCUCCAGUUUGCCAAAGAGGAGUCAGCCCUGAUGCGCAAGAAGAUGGCCAAGCUGGGUCGGGAGAAGGACGAGCUGGAGCAGGAGUUGCAGAAGUACAAGUCAGUGUACGGUGAUGUGGAAAGCCCCCUGCUGACUGGAGAGUGUGGGGGGCUGCCCAGCACCCGCGAAGCCGAGCUCAAGCUGAGACUCAAGCUGGUGGAGGAGGAGGCCAACAUCCUGGGGAGGAAGAUUGUCGAGCUGGAGGUGGAGAACAGGGGUCUGAAGGAUGAGAACGAGGACAUCCGUUUCCAGUAUGAGAGGGAUUGCCUGGGCAGGGAGCACGUUUCCAGCAUUCCCACCUCCCCCUAUGGAGAUUCCUUGGAAUCGGCUGCAGAGCUGAGACGCCACCUGCAGUUCGUGGAAGAAGAGGCUGAAUUGCUUAGACGCUCAAUCUCUGAGAUUGAGGACCACAACAAGCUGCUGACCAGCGAGCUGAACCGAUUCAAGUUUGGGCCGGGCGAGGAAGCAAGCUGGGCAGAGGAAGAUGGGGUUUUAAAGCCCAGCAGUGCCAGCAGUGAUAGUGGGGGAGGAUUGCAGGAUGAACUGAAAGCUGCCCGACUGCAAAUCAGCGAGCUGAGCGGUAAGGUAAUGAAGCUGCAGUACGAGAACCGGGUCCUGAUCUCUAACGUACAGAGAUACGACUUAGAGUCCCACCUGGGGAUACGUGCAGCCAACCCCAGGGAUAGCGAUGCUGAGAGUGAUGCCGGAAAAAAAGAGAGUGAGGAUGAUGAGGGGGGUCAUCAGAUGCCGCUACACCCCAAGAGGGAAGGACCCAUUGGUGGGGAGAGUGAUUCUGAUGAUCUCUGUGAGAAGACUUCCGGCUUCGUUAGUGGAAAGCCAUCUGAGGUGAACGACUUCAGCUUGGCCAAUGUGAAGAGUGAGGUGGAGCGGCUGGGGAAAACUGUUGAGCGGCUCAUCACUGACACUGACAGCCUAAUCUAUGACAGCAAGCUGCUGGUGACCAGUGGAGGCUCUCCUGAGCAGGAGUUUAGAGGGGACGGGGGUGUGGCGGAGGGGAAAGCACAGCCCCAGCUGCUAGACGCCCUCAACACCCGCAUGAAGGCGUUCAGGACGGAGCUGCAUACGUUCAUGGAGAAGGUAGACCACCUUGGGGAGGGUCUCAGGGAACAGGUGGACGGCCUCUCCCCCAUGCCUAACCUCACUGAAUCUGCUAGCUUCCUGUCCAGCAUCACAUCAUUGUCACGGGACUCUCCCAUAGGAACCCUAGGCAGAGACCUCAUCACUGACUUUCAGUCGAAACUGAGGGAUCAAACAGAGUGGCAGCUAGGCCAGGAGCAUGGAGAGGAACCAGAAACCCAAAGCAUUCGCUUGGGCACAGACCAAAGCCAACGAGCCGAUGGAGACAAUAAGUGCUACAGACCACAAUAUUUAAGUAUAGAGCUCAGGGAUGCCCAUGUUUUAUCAGAGGCAAGCACUUCGGUCAAGGAGAUUGAGACUCGACUGGAACAGGAGAGGAGACUGCGGCAGGAGGAGCAGGACACCUUCAACACCCGGAUCAUGCAGUCUUCUCAGCUGGAGGAGGAGUGCCGGAAGAGCUUGCUGCGGAAGGACUUGGAGGUGCAGAGCCUUAGACUGCAGAACAAGCUGGAGGGGAAAUCCUGGAGCCAGGAGAAGGAGCUGCUCCAGCAGGAGGUGCGGCUCUUCCGCCAGAACACCUUCCUCUUCUCCGUCAAGCUCAAGUGGCUGCUCAAGCACUGGAGACAGGGAAAGAAGAUGGACGAUGAUGAGGAGGAUGACCUCAUGGAGUAUGAGAAGAUUGACAGCAUGCCGGAGCUGAACCUCCUGAUGCACCAGACAGCGAGUGAACCUAACCAGGAAGAGCAGGCCUCUGCGGAGAGCGGUGUUCGGGGACCUCCUCUGCAAACCCCAGAGCUAGUUCAAUAUCAGAAGCAGGAAGGUGAGAACCGCAAGGUGCUGCAGGCUCUGAGAACCCUGCUGGAGGAGUUCCGCUCUGAACUGUGGGACGAGGAGCAGCGGCGCUGUGAGCUGCAGCAGACCUACGCCAAUGAGAAGGCUGCCUUUGAGGUGGAGUGGGCAGAAAUGAAGUGCCACAUUGAGCAGCUGGAAGAAAAGGGGGAGAAGACGCUUGGAGAUCCGGGUUCAGCCGACCUGAAGGGGGCUUUUAAGCGGGAGAGGGAGGAGCACCAGCGGCUCCUGGCAGAGAGCCACAGUGAGGCAAUGGACCUGCGCUGGAAGCUGCAGCACCGUGAGAAGAACUGGAGCAGGGAGAAGAUGGAGAUGUUGGACAGGUUCAACCGGGAGAGGCAAGAGUGGGAGUGGCAGAUGAAGGAGAUGCAGAAAAAGACAGAAAAGGUGCAGAAAGAACAGAGUACAAGAAAAGGGGAGAUGCUUUUUCUUGAACAGGAGGAGGCUGGGCUGAGUGUGUUUUCUCCACAGGACAGCCCCUGCAGAAACCCACCAGUGGUCUUCAGAUCAUACUCAGACUCAGACGAGCAUUUUGAAGAGCACUCAGGGUCAAUGAAUCUGAAGGAAAGCGACAGGUUCCGUGCCACUGAAAACCUGUUUCUGGAGGCCUUGUCCCUCGAUUCUUUGAGCGAGAGUGAGGGGCCCCCACCGUCCAGACUGGAGAGUGAAAAGAAGUUUCCUUGCUUGAAUGAGGCUUUGAAUGAGAUAGCUGAUGCAAAGGAUCUAGCCUCAUAUCAAGAAGAAGAUAUGCCAACAGGAAAUCUUCUAAGAGCAAAGUCAGUUUGUUCCAUGUCUGAGUUCCAGCGCCUGAUGGACAGCUCUCCAUUCCUCCCUGAUAAGAGCAUGCAUGGGGACAGUGUGAAGGGUGAGGUGACUCCUCCUUUGUCACCAGAUGACCUGAAGUACAUUGAGGAGUUCCACAACAAGAGCUGGGACUACACUGCUGUGGGCCACAGUGGACCUGCUGAGAAGCCAGAUGAGACCUGGGUAGAAAGGGCAGAAGGCAGGAAGAUAGAACAGACUUCAGAUCCAUUCCAGGCUUCGUCAUGGUUCCUCACUACGAGUGUCACAAUGACGACGAAUACUACGACCAGCCCAGAGCACUGCCAAAAGCAACCGCUGAGGAACAACGUGGCAUCUGAAAAGAUUGGGGUCCGGGUCUUCCACAGCCCCCCGAUUGUUCGUAAGUUUGACAGCACAACCCUUUCUGAAAGUGAGGGAAAGCCUGUGGUAGACCCCGACUUCAUAUUCUCUGUGACCAAAGGGAGUGAUGCCAAAGGAGGGGCGGAAGAAGUGUUUGGGAGGUGGCCUUGCGAAAUGCCCAAACACCACAAAGAACUCCUUGAGGGCAGACUCCAUCCUAUAGAGCACCCUAUCUGUUCUACAGUUGGCUUUGCCUCCUCUCUGCAUGACCUGGGGCUCUCUAGGAACCUGAGCGAUGACAUGAAGGAGGUAGCUUUCUCUGUAAGGAAUGCUAUCCGUUCCAACUCUGUGGAGCGCCAGUUUAAGGACAGUGCCUGCCAGACCAAUAGUUUCAGUACUAGGGGAACCCAGUCAACCCAAACCAUCAGCGUCAGCCUCCAGACAGAAACCUUGAGAAGCAUUACCAGCAGUCCUCACAAGUGCUUAACACCGAAGGGAGGCUCAACCCCUGUCUCAUCUCCAUCGAGGAGCCUGAGGAAAAUGCAGUUCUCCCCAGUCAUUCAGAACAAAUUUGACCGCCCCUGCUGCUCCCCCAAGUAUGGCUCACCAAAGCUCCAGCGCAAAAUGCUGGCCAAAGUGGACCAGCCCAACAACAAGCCUGCCACACCGACCACACCUCAGAAAGGGUACAGCGAGUCAGCCUGGGCCCGGUCAACCACCACCAGGGACAGCCCUGUCCACUCCACCAUCAACGAUGGGCUGUCCAGCCUCUUCAACAUCAUCGACCACACGCCUGUGCUGUAUGACACCCUGCAGAAGUUCACCAAGUCCCCCAGCCGCUCCAGGUCUGCAGUGGCCAGGUCAGCAGAGCCCAAAGCUGAGGAGCCCAAGUCUAAUUACGGGGUGGUUCAGGAGUACCUGACAAAUGUCCAGGGCAGGUCUCCCAGUCCUGUCCAACUGACUGUAGAGUCUCAGGGGGAAAAAACCCCAGAGGUAAUUAGCAUUAGACAGGACUUAUCUGCUCGUCCAGGCUAUACCCUCACAGAAAACGCUGCCAGAAUACUUAAUAAAAGACUUCUUGAGCAGGCCCUCAGGGAUGAAAAAAAGCUUCCUUCCAGUUGCCAAACAAACCUCAGUAAGGAGAGCAGGCCGGUGGAAGCUGGCAAAGUUCAACAGGGAUCCAUUGAGGACCUGCCCUGUUCUUCACUAGCUCCUCCUUUGGAGUCCUGCUUCCUGAGACCGGCAAGGCCAGCGAACCGCCGACCGCCCUCCAGGUGGGCCUCUUGUUCCCCGUCAGCCUCACCUUGGUGGUCCAUUCCUUCCGGACAAUUCCUUUUCCCGGAGGAGCAGCAGCAACUGGAACCAGAACCGAGCCAAGAACACAAGCUUGCAUGAAGCCUCACGCCCACUCUGAGAGUCUGCCUCAGCCUCACUAGCCAAAAACAACCACCUUGUGUAACAGUGCUACAAACUCACACAAGCAGAGUUCAAGUACCAAUGGGAAGAAACACAUUGAAUGUAAUGGGAGAAAAAUACAAACAACAAACAAUGGGCUGUGUUCUGUAACAACAACAAAAAUGUGCCUGUAAAAACAU